AUGCGAGCAGUAUCGCUGCUAUCGGAGCUUCGAGAGAGACUGGUUUUCCAUGAUAACAACAACCCCGGGACUAUGCAAAUUGACCAUGGAAACGAAGGAUUCGAUUUACUCGUUAACCUUACCAAUGACAUACCGGAUUUCUGGAACUACUCGGGGCUAGAUCUAUCCGCUCCCAUACCGUCCCCGGAGGAGGCCGGCGGAUUGCCGCAGCUGCUAGAUCUACUGGACACCCCGUAUUCAGACCCUUCCUCUCAGCUCCAGUCAGAAUUCGGAAUAUAUACCUCUCCCAUUGACAAACACUGGGUAGAGAAGGAGAUAUCUACACAGGAUAUGGUAACAUUACAUUAUAAUUUCUUCGAGUACUACUACCCUGUCCUACCGAUCCUAAGCCAAUCCCGCUUCAGAACAGAGCGGAACAACAACCCGGCAUCCCUACCGAUACAGGCUUUAUCCUAUGGCGUUGCUCUCAUUGGAACUACCGUGUCCAGUAGAUUCAAUCAUUUACAGCAGGUCUGCUAUACCGCUGCGCGCAACCUCAGAGCCCCCGCCUCGUCUACUAGACAGCCUAUACGGCUAGAGGAAAUGAGGCGGUCGUUUUGGGCACUCUAUGUGUUUGAGGGCUAUGCGAGUGUCCGGAUGAAUAAGGCCUGUCUCUUGGACGAAGAUAACUUACAAAUCCGCCUGCCCUCCCCAGGACAGUUAACGGACGAUUUCGUCCCUUCGCCAACAAUACCCUUCUUAGGUAACCCGGAACGGCUACGUGCGAUGAUACACCUCGUUUCGCCCUUCUCUGCUAUCGUUAUCAUGGUAAAAUUAGCCCGCUGGAGUUACAAACAUGUCUAUAUACUAUCUAUCAGACCUACCGACGAAGGAUUUUGGGACCGACACUAUCGUUUAGUGAAAAUGAUCAGUGACUAUACCGCAAUAUUCCAAGACCACCUGAGUGCUGCGGCAGUACGUGAAGAUCCUCUGGCGUUUUCAUUACAUACAAACCUUUGCGCUACACACAUAUACUUGCAUGAGGCUGCUAUCCAAAAGGUUGAAGACCAGGAGCUGCCUAAACUUGUAGCGGCAGAGAGCAAAAAAUGUUCAACUGCCGCAGCGCUCAAGAUUCUGAGCGCUAUACGCAUGAACUGGCCCGCGCAGAGAUCGGAGCGAGACUUCUUUACCCUUCAAGCAACUUUUCUUGGCCAUCCUCUAGCUACAGGCAUGAAAGCACUCACUCGCUGCCUACAAGAAUCGGGCGAUGCCACUUCUAUCAACAUUGUGGAUGCUCUACGGUUGCUACGUGCCGCUCUUGACCAGGUUGAAGAGCCUGAAGGGUAUUGGCACAUAACCAGUACGGUGGCAUCCACAACUUUGGAGAAAUGGGAUAAUAAGCAGGGGGGUUUCAACACUGGAAGUUGA